AUGUCUUCUUCUUGUGUUGUCUGCAGUGUUCAGACUACUAAAUACAGAUGUCCCCAGUGUUUGCUUAGAUACUGUUCACUUGCCUGCUGCAAAACACAUAAAGAAUCCUGUGUGAAACCUACCAAUGAUCCAAAGGCAGAUGUGACCACUCAAGUGAUCACUCAAGCACCUCAGCUAAAGGGACAAGAUUUUUUCUCUAGAGAAAGAGAGCUUCUUAUUCAGAGCAAGGUGAAUGAAGAUGAAGAGCACGAUUGUGUCCCAGAUGAGCUGCUUCAGCAACUUGAACACAGUUCAGAGCUGAAGGAGAUCCUGGGAAACCCCCAUCUGCGUGCCCUGUUGGAGAACUUGGUGAAAUCAGACAAACCUGAAACUGCCAUGGCUGAAGCAAUGCGGGAACCAAUAUUCACAGAAUUUGCUGAUGCUUGUCUUCAAAUUGUGGAUAAAAGCAACCCGAAUAUGGAACAUG